AUGCCGUCUCCUCUGGAAUUAAAAGUCCAGGUGGGGUUGUCCGGCAUUGAUCUGCCGCUGACGACGGACGAUGGAGACGUCACCCCCACCCCCAGCCCCAGCCCCGGCCACCCCAGCAAGGACGUGUGGACGCUUAGCGAUGUCCAAUUGAUAAUGGGGAUGCCGUCCGGCAUUUAUUUAGACGCUCUGAAUAGACGGCAUAAUGAAACGUCGACUGUCCACGAAUUAGUCGCGCACUCGUGCCGGCUCGAGCCAUCGCCACUUCCGCUGCAUGCGGGUGACCACGCUUCUUAUGAGUUCGGGAAGAUCAGGAAAAUUAUUAUCCUCAUGGCUGAGGAUCACCCAGUGGAGAAUUAUAAUAUGUCACAAAAUAAAUUCUCCACUAGCGCCGUGAUGGGGAUCAGCGUCUAUCGGCCCUACCUGCCCCUAAUAUCGCGCGGGCCCCCGAACGCCCGCAGUUUAGGGGCCAAGAGAUCGCGA